UUUUUUUUUUUGUUCCCUUAUUAUGCCAAAAACAAUCACUCGUAGGAAUACGUUAUUCGUAAGUGUUCAACUAGGUAUGUUUUCCAAACAGUACGUAUAUUCUGAUCCGAUAAUUCGGUGGCUGCGAUGCCGUUGAAUGACAUACGAAUCUGUUCGAAAUGUUGUACACAUUACGAUAACGUUAAUUUCUUUUUUAGCGUUUGUAAAAUUUUACAUUUUCUUCUUAUAUAAUAAUGAAACGUAAAUAAUUAACUAAUAAUAAUUACUAUCGUCAAUCAUCUUUUAUUCUUAUUAUUAUUAUAAUUAUUUUAUUUUUAAGACAACUUUUAUUUAUAUUGUGCGAUUAUCGGCUAUUGCACUUUUAGGGUUUCGACGGUUUCUUGUUAUCUGUCACAGAACACCGGAACGGUCUUGUGUUAUCGUUAAUGAAACAGGUAUAAAAGGCCCUGUGUAACGACCAGAAUUGACAUUCGCUGUCUUUCCUCCGUCGUAGCAAGACCCACCCGGGCAGACUUGCGCGAUUAAGGAAGGCAUCUGAUGUCUAUAUUUUUUUCAGAGAUUUUUUGAUUUUUAGCAUAUUUUAUGUUGCCUUCACAUUAUAUCGCUUUUACUCAAAUUGUUAAAUAGUUAUUUUAUUCAUACCUAUUCGUAGCUCAAGCUCUGGUAUGCACAAACAAAAUUCGACCUUGGCUUUAUUCCGUGGCUUAUAUAAGUCUGGCACAGUUCGGGCGCACGACUGCCAGUAUUUGGUGAGUUGCGGUUGCGGGAACACUAAUCGUUCACGUCUGUAUUAAAUAUUUGUGUAUUUUAUUUUUUUUUUAUAUUCCCUUAUUACGCCAUAAACAAUCACUCGUAGGAAUACGUUAUUCGUAAGUGUUCAAGUAUGUUUUCCAAACAAAACGUAUAUUCGUAAAACCCCGUUUCCCUGUGCGUAUUGUCAUUGGCGACACGCGCAGGGCUACGGCUGGUUACGUUCCGCAGAAAUGACGAUUCGCGCCUACGUCAGAUCUAGUGAGCAGAUGGCACAGUUCCAGUGACUCUUAAGGGUUCCGCGUUACGGGUGUAUUGCUCUCGUUUGAGCUGCCCGUCUUGUGUGCUACUGUAAUGAUCUGACAACGCGUGCGAUUCGAUUCUGAUCCGAUUAUUCGGUGGCUGCGAUGUCGUUGAAUGACAUACGAAUCUGUUCGAAACGUUGUACACAUUACGAUAACGUUAAUUAACGUCCGUCCAAUCCAUUAUUUAUUUUUUAAUGGUUAUAAUAAUUAAUAAAAACUAUAAUAGUUUUUUAUAUUUUUUUUAAUUUUUGUAAUAAUUUCUGGCUAUUAUCACUUAUACUGGCCAUAAUAAGAUGUGCGCGUUCCCUAUAAAUAGCCAGGUAAACAGUUUAAACGGUUUAAACAGUUGACAAAAGUAUAGUGCAUAAUUAUUAUUGCUAACGGAAUUAUUAUUGGUAAAUAUUUCCUUAUAUUUUCUGAAAUCGUAAAUCAUGCUAACAUUAAGUUAUCUGGCGUGGCCAUAUCUAAUGGCUGUAAAAAAUAAAUUGUUUUCCGAUUGCAAGAUGAAAGAACCAGAAAGAAAAGAUAAUGAAAAAAUAUCUGCCAACAACAGCAACAUAGUGGAAAAACGAUCAACGGCCACCACUCCCCUACAGCAAGCCGCGGAACUGCUGGAACGUAGCCAGCAGUUACUAAAGGCCGCGUACGCGGAGGCAGCCGUCCACGCAACAACGGAGACAGCCGCCCAUGCGACUUCGGAGGCAGCCACCCAGUCGACUACGGAGGCAGCCGCCCAGUCGACUUCGGAGGCAGCCACCCAGUCGACUACGGAGGCAGCCGCCCAGUCGACUUCGGAGGCAGCCGCCCACGCGACUACGGAGGCACGGGUGCGCCGGAUGUCCAUGCAAGAGCUAUUGCGAGACCCGGCACUGUGGGUAGCCUACACCCGCGGGUGGGACGAUUGCGCGGGCAAGGCGACCAACGUGAAUCCCAAACCCGCGGUAACCGACAGGUCCCAGAGCCCAAGACGGCCGGUACAGCCAGCUGGCACAUCGCGACCGCCACCGAUACCGCAGUCUGCACGGUUGCCCCGACCACCCCCCCAACCGCUAAUGGCAGUACUGGUCCCACGACCAAAAUUUUUCAAACCGCCAACACCGCCCGCGACGAGGAAAGUCAAUCAAAAAAGUGCCCAAAGGCCACCGACAACAGCGCCAUCACAAAACUCGUGGCAACGCCGGAACCAGUCUCGGAUUACCGAAUACCCGGGACAGAAAAAGGCCGGCAAACCCACCACCUCCCAACAGUACCGCCUAGAAAAACCGGCACCCUCAACCACCCAACCGGCACCAGGCCCAAAGUCGCUGGUGGCAACGACCACGCCUGUCCCCGAGGCCAAGACACCGGAGGUAGCAAUGCCUACCGGACAAACCGAGGCCUCCGCCAUUUCAAUUCCGGUAGAUACGAAGGUAUCACCGGUUGAGAAGAAGGAGUUGCUGUGUGACAUGAUGGAUGUUGGUCCCCCAGACGACGUGGACACGGUGUUCCAAAUCACCAGCCCCGACUCCACGACGCCACCCCGACAUGGGUAUACCAUGCAUACAUGGUAUACAUGUCUAUAGACAGUCCGGAGCGCGACCGCUACACAAACUGUCUACGCCAGCCAGUGAUCCACCCACACACCCACCGGAAGCGGCCGGACAACCGCCGUUACUAUUCUGUGAUUGAUACGAUGAUAGCAUACAACACGUGUGUCAGCUCGAUUAUAUUAUUGUCUAGCCGUUGCACCACAUAAUAACAAAAUUGUUGCACCUAGUUUUGUUUAACCUGUUAUAUUGUAAAAUACACUGUUUCAUACUUCAUA